GUUUUCCAUCUCGCAUUCGGUAAGCGGCAGUUCGCCCGACAAGUCAAAUCAAUAACAUAACCUAAAAGUAGUGUAACAAAAAAGAAAAAAAAGUCACCGAGUCGGCCUAGGAGAACAAUUGAAAGUGUCUUAUUGUAAAAAUGUGUCCCAGUGCGACUAGUGUGACGCGGACUAGUGCAUAAACAAGUGCAAGUUCCUUUUUGGGAUUAUUCACAAUGUGCCUACUCGGAUGGUGUCCUCAAGGAUUAGGAUUAGAAGACUGAUUGUCCCGGGCAUGGCAUAUGCCUGCAAUGUUAGGCUGUAGCACCGUAUGCCCCAAUUGCAAGCACCAAUUCACGUGCUGCGCCCCGGUGCCGCCAUGCUGCUCGUCGCGGAGGUCUAUCCACGUCCUUUCCGGUGGCGGUAUCGUUCCGCCGCUCUCCCCGCAAGUGUCCCCCAGCGUGCCCCUCACCUUCGAGAUGCCCACCGUAGGGGGCCCUCUCGCGCCGCCCCCGGAGGCGGCCAAGCCCGAGACCGAGCUCGCGCGCCUCUCGGACAUCGUCAAGGCUCUGCGCCAAUCCGGCUGGUACUACGAGGGCCUCACCUUCGACAAGAGCGAUAAACUCCUCAAAGACACCAAAGUGGGCACCUUCCUCGUGCGCAACUCCUCCGAUCCGCGCUUUCUCUUCUCGUUGAGUGUGCAAACGGAUCGCGGCCCCAAAUCGGUCAGACUCUUCUACAUCAACGGCUAUUUCCGGCUCGACGCGCAGCCCCAUCUGCAGGCCUCCAUGCCCCUGUUUCCCGGCGUCAUCGAGCUGGUGCAGUACUACGUGCGGCGCCGGAAGGACACCCAGGUGUGGGUGGACCCCCAGGGGAAAUGUCUCUCGUCGAUUUACCUCGACCGGCCGCUAAGGCGGGAGGCGACGCCCCCGAGCUUGAAACACCUCGCCAGAUUGGCCAUCAACAAACAACUCCGGGACACGUCCGAAAUCCGGAUCUUCAAAUUGGGGCUGCCCACCUCGCUCGCGGUGUUUUUAGCGGAGUACCCGUACUCGCUCUAGUGGCACCAAAGACUCCUCGGUACCGUUUACAUACCGACCUUCAGGGAACACCAAGAAAGUAUUCGAAACCGCGCUUAGAUAGGGUAACAAAUUAGGGGCAAGUAGGGUUCUGGUACCGCCCCCCACCAAGCUUAAUAGUAGUGGGGGUACCAGCCUCCUACGUCCCCCCCACUCACCGAUUUCUGUUUGUUAAUCGAAACGUACGUAAGCCAUAUUGGCUAAUGUAGCAAAAAUAAUGAUUGUUAAGAUUUUAUUACGGUAUAUUUUUUUAUAAAACGAAAAAUUACAAAAAAAAAAACACUAGAUUGGGAUCGUGGGCCGAAGUUUCAAGUUGUCAUUGGUUGUUGCUACGCAACCGCGACCCGCGCAAUUUGAAAUUUGCACAAUCGAACACACGAAGGGCCUUAAUCUCUAAUUCAACGUCUAGGUGUAAUUCCCCCUCCCCCAUAGUUAUAAGAAAUUUAGUGUCUUGAAACAGUCGUACCAACCAUAAACUUGUAUUAUAUUUUUAAGUAUACUUAGUUGUACUAAAACUUACUAGAGCCUGGCCUCUGGACAAUCAUCCUUUUUUAGAAUAGCAAAACUAGUCUGAACAAAACAAUCAUUGUUGAAUUUUUUUUUUUAAACUUUGAGAUUAACAAGCAGGAUGAUAAUGUUUUAAUCUGAAUGUAUUUAUAUAUUGUUGUAAACACGCAUGAGAGGGAGCGAUUGUAUGUUUGUUUUAGUUUAAUUGACGAAUGUAUUUAUUUCUCUAGGAAAUUAUUAAAUUAUUUAUUAUUA